AAGUGAUGUAAUGUAGAACAUUACUUGUCUAUAACAACAUUUGGUCUAGUAUUUCAGCAGUUUAUAACAUUUGUAUAUCUAGACAAGAUGAGUAAUGAAAUAACCAAUGAUAAAAAUAUCAACAUUCACUCUUUAUCAAAAGUUAUUACAUCAAAUGAUACUAGUUCGUUUAGAAAAGCAGCUAUAAUUAAUAGCAUUUGCAAAUACGAUGGAUGGAAACAUUUAACUGACAUAGAUAUUGUGAAAUAUGGUAAUAUAAUAUACAAAUUAGAUAAUAUUAAUAUAAUUGCUAAUCGAGAUACAAGCAAUAAAAAAGUACGUGCCGCUGCUUUAAUACUUGGUUGUACAUACGCUAAUGAUUUAAAAAAAAUAUUCGAUAUGGUAAUUCUUUAUUGUAACAUAUGUCGAGAUGCAUUUAAUGAUAAGGAUAAUAUCUAUAAGUAUACCAUAUAUAUAUUGAGUAUAACUAAGAAAAUAACUUUAUUGGCAACAGUCAUGAAAGAAUCAUUGAUUUUAUUGGAUUCGUUAUAUAGUAUCCCAUUAGAUGGCACAACAAAUGAUUAUAUAUUAUAUGGUUAUUUGUCACUUUUACAAAAAGUGGAUAUCAGUAGUGUUCCAUUAAAAAAUAGUCCAUCUUCAUGCUUAGGAAUCUUAUCAGAAAUUAUAUGGAUUUUUGAUAUAUGCAAUAGUAACAUUAAUAAUGAAAUGGAGAAUAAAUUAAAACGUUGUAUAAUAUUUGAAGAAAAUAGAUCUAAUGCAAUACUGCAAAAAUUGAUGAUAUUUAUUAACCUGAACUCACAAAAUGAUAAAAACACUUUAAUGGAAUCUUUGAAUAAAAAAUUAAAUAAUGAAAUUAAAAAGAUUAUUAUAGAAAAAUUUUACAAUUUAGGUUUCUAUUUUAACACAGACAUUAAGAUGAUCGAUGUACUAGUACCAGACGAAGUUAUAAAUAAUAAGCAAAUGAUACCAAAAUAUUCAAAUUUGCCGUACUAUAUCAAUAUAGAAAAAAACAAAGUUAAAAACGGAAACGCUGAACUAAUGAACUUCCUUAUACAAGUAUUAAAGUCACAAAUAAAUAUACAAGAUCAGAAAUUAAUUGACGACAACUAAAGAAAACUUUGAAGGUGAAAACUAAUCUGAGUCCCGCAAUAAAAAAUUGAAGAUAUAGUAAGAGAGUAUUUUUAUACAAUAUAUUAAAUCAAGUUUCCAUCACAAAAAAAAACAUGUCUAUUGAUAAUAAUUUGCAAGGAAACUUAGAAAAAUUUAUAAUUUUUAUUUUUAACUUUUUACAAACACUAAUAAAAAAUAUACAUUCAAGACAUAUAAAUCUAUUUACUGAAACUUUAUUUUUAAGCGUUGAAUAUAAUGAUAUUUAUACUAUAGCUAUAACAAGAAAACAAUAUGUAAUAAUAUAUUUUUAAAUAAUGUACUUGUGUUGAAUUCCUCUUUUAUUGUCAUUUAUUUCUUAAUUUUGUGUGAUUGUUUAAGUAUUUUAACAUUAAAUUGGUAUAAAAAUAUA